AUGCCUCUUCGAAGCCGCCGGGACGACACCGACAUCCCGCAAAGUGAAGGGGUGCCUUACAACGACAACCAUGUCACCAUCGACGGGGCGCUUGAUCCGAACCGCGAAGCGGAAGACUCCAUGGACGACGACGACGAUGAUUCAUUGCAAACGACCAAAGAGUUGAAGCUUAAGCUGCAUCGCCCCCCGAACAAUGCCUUUACUCAACAGAGACUCAAGGCGGUGAACCCGGUGUUGACUGCACGCACAGUGAUCCCCUUGUUAUUUGCCAUCGCCAUCGUGUUCGUGCCGUUGGGGGCCGCCAUGUGGUACGCCCUGCACGUCGUUCAGGACAUCGAAAUCGACUACACCUACUGUGAAAACAUCACCAACACCGACUACUGGGCGGAGAUCCCCGGAAACUAUACGUUCCGCUUCAAAAACAACGCCAGUGUGGUGCCGCCGGUGUGGAAAUUGGACCACGACCCUCAGUGGGGUGAUGACGAAGCUGAAAACAAGAUAUGCCGGAUCCAAUUCCAGGUGCCGGUGGCGAUGGACCCUCCCAUUUUGUUCUUCUACAAGCUCAAGAACUUCCACGCCAACCACCGCCGUUACGUCAAGCUGUUCUCCGAAGAUCAAAUCAAGGGUAAGGCGGCCGACCUUUCGAAGAUUAGAGAUCAAGUGGGUCAAAAUUGCAAGCCGCUUGUUACCAAUGCCGAAGGUAAGAUCUACUACCCCUGUGGGUUGAUCGCUAACUCUAUGUUCAACGACACCUAUUCACCUCAACUCACGGCUGUCAAUGGUACUACGACGCUGUACCCUCUUACCAAUAAGGGUAUUGCGUGGCUGUCGGAUAAGAACCGGUUCAAGAAGACGACUUAUCCCCUCGACCAGAUUGUGCCUCCUCCUAAUUGGCACAAGGUUUACCCCGAUGGCUACAAUGAAAGCAACAUUCCUGACAUUCAACAAUGGGAAGAAUUUCAAAACUGGAUGUCUGCUGCCGGGUUGCCUACCUUCAACAAAUUAGCGUUGCGGAAUCCCGAAAAGACGACGUUGCAGCCGGGUUUCUACGAGGUGGCCAUCGGUAUGCACUGGCCAGUACAGAUGUUCAAAGGUCACAAGUACAUCUACAUUUCGACCCGUUCUGCCAUCGGCGGUAAGAACAUCUUUUUGGGGGUGGUGUGGAUGGCUGGCGGUGGUCUCUGCUUCUUGUUGGCGUUAGGGUUGUUGAUCGUGAACUUCAUUAAACCCCGUAGAGCCGGUGACCCCAACUUGCUCCUGUGGAACAAAGCCGCCAUCAAGCAAGAGUAA